CUUUCUCUCUAAAAAGGCUUAUUCCCACCACUCUUCUCUCUGUACUUUCAUUUUCAUCAAAAUCUCUAGUCAUGAUUGAUCAAGCGCAACAUCCAAGCGUUUCCCAGAAGCUAGCUGGGAGUCUUCUUGCAUCAAGCAUGACACACUUCAAUGCUCGUGAUAACGGUUUACAACAACCAAAUAUGUAUCAUAGACGUUUCCAUAACAAAAACUAUACAAAUGCAGCUUUUAACUACUCAAUGCAGCCACAAGCCCAACUUCCUUUAAUGUCAAAACCAUCUCCUAUUUGGGUUCAAGCCCCAUCCGAAAAAGGGUUUGCAGGGUUUGCCAUUGAUUUCCUUAUGGGUGGAGUCUCUGCAGCUGUAUCGAAAACGGCUGCAGCCCCAAUUGAACGUAUUAAGCUCUUGAUCCAGAACCAGGAUGAGAUGAUCAAGGCUGGUCGGUUGUCUGAGCCAUACAAAGGAAUUGGUGACUGUUUUGGUCGAACCAUCAAAGACGAAGGCUUAGUUUCAUUGUGGCGUGGAAACACUGCUAAUGUCAUCCGUUACUUCCCAACACAGGCUUUGAAUUUUGCAUUCAAAGAUUACUUCAAGAAGCUUUUCAACUUUAAGAAAGAUAGAGAUGGCUACUGGAAAUGGUUUGCCGGUAAUUUGGCAUCUGGAGGUGCUGCUGGUGCUUCGUCUCUCUUUUUUGUUUAUUCACUAGAUUAUGCCAGAACCCGUUUGGCAAAUGAUGCUAAGGCUGCAAAACAAGGAGGACAAAGAGAAUUCAACGGUUUGGUUGAUGUCUACAAGAAGACAAUGGCCAGUGAUGGUAUUGCUGGUCUUUAUCGUGGCUUUAACAUUUCAUGUGUUGGAAUAAUCGUCUAUCGUGGUUUGUACUUUGGAUUAUAUGAUUCUUUGAAGCCUGUGGUUCUUGUAGGAAACCUGCAGGAUAGUUUCUUUGCGAGUUUUGCGCUUGGUUGGGUGAUCACAAAUGGUGCUGGACUUGCAUCAUAUCCAAUCGACACUGUACGAAGAAGAAUGAUGAUGACAUCUGGUCAGAAAGUUAAGUACAAGAGUUCAAUGGAUGCAUUCACUCAAAUCUUGAAGAAGGAGGGGGCUAAGUCUCUGUUCAAGGGUGCCGGUGCCAAUAUUCUCCGAGCCAUUGCUGGUGCUGGUGUGCUCUCUGGUUAUGACAAGUUGCAGCUGCUUAUCUUUGGCAAGAAGUAUGGAUCAGGCGGCGGCUAAGUGUGCAGUAUCACUACUCUUAUGGGAGUUUUUUCCCAGAUUAUGCUGACGAAAUCGUUAUGAGUUUUGAUAAUACUUUUUUCUGCUUUUAUAGAUUAGUUUUAAUAAUGAACUGCUUUUAGUAAAGAGCGGUUGUUGAGUGCUCAGACUCAACAACCUUCUUUACGAAGUAUUUUUUACUCCAAUUCUAAAUUUUUGUUUUGAUAUAUCUUGUACCACUUUAUGGAAUGGUUAUUGCAUA